AUGGCAGCCAAAGUACCGAAUUAUAUACGUGUUAAACGACUUACAUCCACAUACUUUAUCUGUGUGUCUGCCAAAGAUACUGUAGCUCGCGUAAAGGACGUACUGUGCAACACAAUUCUGAAUGGCGACAAACUAGCAGAAGAAGUUAGACUUUACAUCCAAAAACCACAAGGAGGAUAUACCCUUUUAGAGGAUGCAUUACAGGUUGAAAAGGCUGGCCUUGAAAACGAUAUGCUAGUCUAUCUUACAUAUUACGAUCAAGAUCAAGGUAAAUGGGAAGACAUACAAGUAUCUCAACCAGAAGAGCUUGAUGAUGGUGGAGACGAUGAGGAUGAUGUGGAGGAUCAAAGCUUGUCACGAAAAGAAAAAGGAAAGAGUAAGGCAUAA